AGAACCGACUUAAAUCAGCUUAAAGUCGCAGGAACCUCAGAAUUUACUGCUUUGUUUGUGUCGUGUCGGAAAACUCUGCUGCGAUCCCGUUGCGCAGAGAGGAUUUUUUUUAUUUUUUAUUUUUUUUAUUGCGCUUUGGUUGGAAAAGACGCGCGCAGACGACUGCAGAACAAUGAGAUUUGGAGCUCUUUUGAAACUUCUUUUCUGCUGCGUGUGCUCAUUUCCUGACGCAAUGCACGCUCAAACAGCUGUGCUUGCAGUGCUCCCUCCAGAGUGCACACCAGGUGGCCACUCAGUCCUGCAGAACCCCUACCGAAGCACCACCUUCAGCUCCAGCUGGCUGCAGCAGUCAUCCCUGCAGGACUUCAUCUGCGACCACUCCCUCACUCCAGGCUGGUACCAGUUUCAGAUUUUUGACAAGCCGGCCGGUAUGCCCACGGAGUGCAUGGAGGUGAACCACUGCGGGACUCAGGCUCCAGUGUGGCUGUCUCUGGGUGAGGGCGAGUCCCUGCCGGGACCGCUGGAUGUCAAGCAGCUGACGGCCUGUGCUGCCUGGCAGACCUUCCAGAGCAGCAGCAAAGAUUGCUGCAUGUUCCGCAUCCCAGUAAGCGUCCGGAACUGUGGAGACUUCUAUGUUUACCUACUUCAGCCCACACAGGGAUGUAUGGGAUACUGUGCACAAGAGAUGCCAGAAACUUUACCCAGAAGCUCACUCAUCUGCGGUCCUGAGGAGAUGGACAUCAGUGGAAAAUGUAAACCUCAUCAUCCCCCGACUCUGUCUGAGCCAGUGAUUGUCUCAGAAGUGAUCGGUAACACCGUCUACCUGAAGUGCAGCUUUGAGAGCAGCUCCAACAGCUCCCUGGGCUACGUAGUGGCUUGGUCUCGUCUUUCACCUGAAGGCAGGAAAGAGGAGCUCAAACAGGAGACCACCUUCCACACCUCCGCCUUUAUUGAGCUGGACGGCUUCAACCUCCGUUUGGGGGACAAGAUUUACUGCUCCUGCUCCAGUUUCUUCUUGGAAUCUCCUGACAUUCGGAGUACCUUAAUAGGAAGUCAGGAGUUUUUUGCUGGGAUAAGAUUAAAACCAGAAAUGAGCUCUGUAUCUGAGGAUGGAAGACUGUAUGAGCUGGUGGUUGAGAGCACAGUUCCUGUCCCAUGUCCAGAUGGGUCUUUUUCCUCUACAGAGAACUGCGCUUUGUCCCUGCAGCUCAGCACAAACAGCCAAGAUAAGGGUGUGCUGGCUGCAGACCUGUCUCUGUCCUCCUGCGAGGUGGAUCUUCCUCAGGACCUCUGCAGGAAUGGAGUUUGUAGCCAGGCUCGGAUGCAUUUCAGCCCCAUCACAGACUUUGUCAAAGAUGGUGAAAGAGCAACACAAAUCUCUGUCAAACCCAUCGUCACAAAAAAUUUUCUCUGGAAUGGACAUUCCCCAGAGUCCAUACAGAUAAUGGUGAAGGAUGUUCCCCCAGCCUAUUGUUACUACUUCACUGAUCCCCAUGUGGCCACUUUUGAUGGCAGGUACUUCGAGAACUACCAAAUAGGCACCUUUGUUCUCUAUCAGAGCAGUUUCUGGCCGUUUGAGGUCCACGUUCGUCAGUGGGAGUGUGGCAGCUUGGUGCACUCUGCGUCCUGCGUGUGUGGGUUCGUGGUGAGGGAUGGCGGUGACGUUAUUGCUUUCGACAUGUGCAAUGGGGAAAUGGGUGAAACCAAGCCUCACCUGUCUGUUAAGAGCAGAGACUUGAACAACACCGGCGUUCGGAUCACUGAGUCCUACCAAGGACGCAAAGUCACUAUGACUUUUUCCUCUGGAGCGUUUGUUCGUGCCGACGUGUCUGACUGGGGAAUGAGUCUAACCCUGAGGGCCCCGAGUUCAGACCGGAAUCACACCGAGGGUCUGUGCGGGACCUACGACGGACAGCCAAGCAACGACUUCCACUCAGCAGGCGGUGCCAAACUGGAGGAUCUGCAGGCUUUUAUCUCUGAAUGGAGACUCCCUUCAGGCAGCAGUUUGUUUGACACUGUUCCUUCACAUCUGAAAAUGCUCAAAACCCCCAAGUACUGUAACUGUCAGGGAGACCCCCACAUCUCAUCUCCCAGAACCCGAUCUCAACACACCACCUCCUCCGGCUCCACCUGCUCUGAUCAUGGAAACGUCCAUUUUCCCAGUGUCAUUCCCACUCUGGAUGUUACAGCUGAGUAUAUCAGUUCAGUGGAGCCACUGAAAGGUAAUGAAAGACAGCGUUUUACCCACAGUCGCUCUACCCAAAAGACUCAAUAUAAAGAUAGUCACACACAGAGACGAGAAAGAGGGUCUUCUUUGAGAACUUUAAGAGACAAAUCCCCAACCGAUCGUCAUCAGCAUAGAGGCCGGCGGCAAACCCAUCGUAACAUUCCUAAAUCCUCACACCAAAGUCUAAGCCAGUCCGAUCUGGACAGAUUCUCCUACUUUUUCCCAGAGGACCAUGAACCAGCAGUACAGCUAGAUGUGUCCCUGAUGUGGCCUACACCUUCUGGUCUAACUCAGCAGCAGGCCCAGGCUCAGUGCCGGCAAGCUGUAGCAAACUCAAGCAUCGCCAUGGGUUGUAGGACCCUGCUAGAAGAGGUAACGGUCCACCUUGCGGUGAAUAUGUGUGUUACUGACCUGCAGCUGAAGGAUGAGCAGUCAUGGCUGAAUGCAACGGUACCGCUGCUGGAGAACGAGUGUGAGAGGAGGCUGUUGGAGGAGGGGACGAGAGAGGGGAAGCACCAGGAUGUUCUUGACAUCCUCAAAUGUCCAAAUCUGUGUAAUGGGAACGGCCAGUGUUCAGACUGGGGUUGCGUCUGCUUCCCAGGAUUUGGCUCGUAUGACUGCAGCGUGCUGUCUGACCAGAUCCCGGAGAUCACCAGGUUGGAGAAGGAAGGUCUGUGUGACGUCCGCCAGGAAGACUGCUCCACCAUCCAGGUCCAUGGUCAGGGCUUCAAGGACUCCCAUGAGCUCAAGUGUGAGUUUGUAAAAGAAAAGUUUGAAGAUGGUGAAUGGGUCCUGGACACCCCUUGGUUCUUCUCAGCUACCUUUCUGGAUGUGACAUCUCUGGAGUGCCAGCUCCCCCUGGAGGACAGCAGGGUUCCUGCAGAUUUGGACCUGGAAAUGGUGGCAAACGGAGCACUGACCCGCUGGCAGAUCAAAGUUUCAAAUGAUGGUUACAGCUACAGUAACGCCAAGAUACUGACUCUGUAUGAUGGAGCCUGUCAGACCUGCAGCCUCAACACAGAAGUCACCUGCACCCUGAGGGACAAAACCUGCAACAUUGAGGGUGUAUGUUUCGCUGAGGGGGAGUCCAGUCCCAGCAGUCCUUGCCUCAUCUGUCGUCCAGACUUGUCCAAACACACAUGGUCCAUAGCAGAGAAGAACGAGCCUCCGUUGUUCCAGCCGCCACCAUUUAGCCUGCGCUCCUUCCAUGAGGAGAAUUUCAUCUACCAGCUACAAGCUCAGGACCCUGAGGGCUCAGUGGUUAUUUUCACCCUGGCUUCAGGUCCUGAGGGUGCAUCGCUGUCUCCGGCUGGCCUGCUAAUGUGGAAAGCCACUGUUCAGUCCACAAAUACACACAUUUUCCAGUUUACUGUGACUGAUGACUGCAAUGCUGAGACCAGAGCUUCUGUGGAAGUGGCUGUGCUGCCCUGCGAGUGUGUUAAUGGUGCUUCGUGUGUCACCAAUGUAAACCUCCCUGCUGGCAGUGGGGAAUACGUUUGUGCGUGUCUGGAUGGAUUUACAGGAAAGAGAUGUGAGGUGGAUAUUGAUGACUGUAAACCGAACCCCUGCAGACUGGGUCUCUGCAUUGAUGGAUCCAACUCUUUUUCCUGCAUCUGCCCACCUGGAAUGACAGGCCCCACAUGUAGAGAAGACAUAGAUGAGUGCACCUCUAAGCCUUGCUUCCCCGGAGUGAGCUGCGAUAACACACUGGGCUCAUUUAUCUGUGGAUUGUGUCCUUAUGGAUACAGCGGUGAUGGGAAAAACUGCAUUCGUAACAAAAGCUCUGCAGGCAAGGCAGUGGUCUCACCAGCAAUAGUACCACAGGUUCCACUGAAGUCCAAGCCUUCAGCCCCAUCACCCUGCAGCAGUGGGCUGUGCUACCCCGGGGUUCAGUGCUUUGAGAGCAUCCAUGUCUCAGCAGGCUUUGUCUGUGGACCUUGUCCUCCUGGUCUCCAUGGAAAUGGACAAACAUGCAUGAGAAUUGGUCAGGGGGGAGUCGGCAGUGGAGCAGAUGGUCACAUUCACAACCUCAAGUUUAAUUCCAGCGUAGACAGGACCUCUUCCUCCUCUUCUGAAUCAUCUCCCACCUCAUCCAGACAACUUCCUGACAGGAAUUCCAGACCAGAGACGACCAUUUCCAGUUUUAGGAAAGUUUCCUUCUUAGACAGAACGAACUUUCAGAAUCCGACUACAGCCAGAGCGUUUGCUCCCACCGUCCACAGAGGUCAGCCCAGCAGGGUAGAACUGACACCCGACCUCUCUGCUGGAGUCAGAUGGAGGUCACCGGCACACCAUGUGACCUGUGCUGAUGAUCCCUGCUUUCCUGGUGUUCCCUGUGAGCCCACCAUCACAGGGUCCUUCAGGUGUGGACGCUGCCCAUACGGCUACACUGGGGAUGGAGUCAUAUGUAAAGCUGUGUGUAGGUAUCAGUGUAGCAGGAACAUGGAGUGCACUCUGCCCAACACCUGCACCUGCAAAGAGGGUUACACCGGAUACAACUGCUAUAUAGCUGUGUGUCGUCCUGACUGCAAGAACCAGGGGAAGUGUGUGAAGCCUAAUGUGUGUGAGUGUCCUGCCGGUUACGGUGGGCCCACCUGUGAGGAAGCGAGCUGCGAGCCGCCUUGUCAGCAUGGAGGCACCUGUUUGGCCAGAAAUCUCUGCACCUGCCCCUAUGGAUACGUAGGACCCAGAUGUGAAAUCAUGGUGUGUAACAGGCACUGUGAAAAUGGAGGCGAGUGUGUUUCCCCCGAUGUAUGUAGAUGCAGACCUGGCUGGUACGGACCGACGUGUAACUCAGCUGUCUGUAACCCCGUCUGUCUGAACGGAGGAACAUGUGUAAAGCCCAACAUCUGUGCCUGUCCCGGUGGUUUCUAUGGCUCGCAGUGUCAGAUUGCUGUUUGCAACCCGCCUUGUAAGAACGGAGGUCAGUGUAUGAGAAACAACGUGUGCUCCUGCCCUGAAGGCUACACAGGGAAAAGGUGUCAAAGGAGUGUGUGUGAACCAAUGUGCAUGAACAGAGGCAAAUGUGUGGGACCAAACACGUGCUCGUGUGUAUCGGGAUGGAGAGGAAAGAGGUGUAACAUACCCGUCUGUCUGCAAAAGUGUAAGAAUGGCGGCGAGUGUGUCGGACCGAGCACCUGCCACUGCCCCGUCGGCUGGGAAGGCCUCCAGUGUCAAACACCGAUCUGUAAACAGCGAUGUCUGAACGGAGGACGGUGCGUGCUGCCCGACCACUGCCACUGCCGGAAAGGCUACAAGGGCCUCACCUGUGCAAUAAAGGCAUCACAAGCAUGAUGGGACAAAAAGGAGAAUUUGGAUGACAGCAAAGGGUACAAAACAAGAGAAAAGCACCAUAAGUGUGGUAAAAAGAGUGCAAGUGUGUGUGUGAUGGUGGAUAUUAGAGUGUAUGUGUGGUUCAGUGCACAUUUAACUCUGACAGAGGGACCUGAUGUAUUGCACUUGUGUUUCCGUCCGUGUAUCUCUACCUCAUCUGUUAGACGCAUCAGCAGCGCUUUAUACAGAUAUCAUCACUGUCCCGCAGAGGCAUCUUUCUUUUAAAUCAGAAGUGUUUGUCCACCUUUUGCACCCGGCUCUGCCUUUUAACGUUUUUUUAUUAACUAAUGAAGAAUUACCAGGAACCAAAUCUUCAGCUUCCUGGACCCCAACCUUUACUAAACUGAAACAUGUGCUUAUUUUAUUUCCCUUGUUAAGAUGGUGCACAUCAGUAAGUUGACCAAAGACACUGAUAUGAAUAUGCCGCUAGUUAUCUAUAAACAUGUUCCUUUUAUUCCCUCAUGAAGAUAACAUAUGCAACUGUUAUUCAUUUACUGACACCAUAUAUGGAUCAAAGUAAUGACUAUUUGUAUGUUUUGUGGAGAUUUUGUUUUUUAUAUGAGAAAAAUCAGAAACACUGAUGUACAAGUUACAUGUGACAAAAUAAAGACAACAUACUGUUUCUUUUAUUUAAUUUUUUAAAAUGAGC